UCCCCCCAUUUACUUCCUGUGCAGCUUUUGCUGGACACAGCCAGAGCACUGAGAGAUAUCAGGUAUUGAUGUAACUGGAGUGAAUAAGGGAACCUUCUUCCUGAGCACAGACAUUGGAGCCUGUUAUCAGCAUGAACUCACAGGUGUUAGAGAAACACUUGAAUUGUUCAUAUCCAUCCUUCACUACAGGAAGCAUCAGAAUGAUACCGCAAACUCCAGUAGUUUUAGGCACUAAUGACUAUUCACAAACAUUGGGGAUAUCACAGCAGAUAUUUAGAGAGGAUGGUGACUUGGCAGGAACUGGGAAGCAAUUAUUAAGUACAGAGAGUAAUUUAGUCAUGAAACAAGAGGACAACAUUUCUGCCUUAUCUAGUGAAGUUAUUAUCCCAGAGGAUAAACCAAACAUAUUUACUGAGUACUCAAAACAUAUUAAAGAAGGGAAAAGUCUACAGUCUAGCCAAAUGAUUCAUACAAAGGAGAAACCUUUCAAAUGUAAAGAGUGUGAGAAAAGCUUUAGAUGGAAGUCUCCUGUACUAGAACACUACAAAAUUCACACAGAUGAGAAACCACACACAUGUACUGAGUGCGGCAAAAGUUUUACACAAAUUAAUCAUCUGAAAACUCAAACAAAGAUUCACACAGGAGAAAAUCCUUUAACAUGUACAGAGUGUGGGAAAAGUUUUACACGAAUGGGUAGUCUGAAAUAUCAUGAAUGGAGUCACACAGGGGAAAAGCCUUUCACAUGUACAGAGUGUGGAAAAAGUUUUACACAAAAGAGUCAUCUGAAAGCUCAUGAAAGGAUUCACACAGGGGAAAAGCCUUUCACAUGUCCAGAGUGUGGAAAAUGUUUUACAGAAAUGAGUAGUCUGAAAACUCAUGAAAUGAUUCAUACAGGAGAAAAGCCUUUCACAUGUACAGAGUGUGAAAAAAGUUUUACAAAAAAGAGUGAUCUAAAAAAGCAUGAAAGGAGUCACACAGGGGAAAAGCCUUUCACAUGUACAGAGUGUGAAAAAAGCUUUACACGAAUGGAUCGUCUGAAAACUCAUGAAAUGAUUCACACAGGGGAAAAGCCUUUCACAUGUACAGAGUGUGGAAAAAGUUUUGCACGAAUGGAUCAUCUGAAAACUCAUAUAAAGAUUCACACAGGGGAAAACCCUUUCACAUGUACAGAGUGUGGGAAAUGUUUUAUAAAAAAGAGUCAUCUGAAAAGUCAUGAAAGGAUUCACACAGGGGAAAAGCCUUUCACAUGUACAGAGUGUGGAACAUGUUUUACAGAAAUGAGUAGUCUGAAAACACAUGAAAGAAUUCACACAGGGGAAAAGCCUUUCACAUGUACAGAGUGUGGAAAAUGUUUUACAGAAAUGAGUAGUCUGAAAACUCAUGAAAGGAUUCACACAGGGGAAAAGCCUUUCACAUGUGCAGAGUGUGGAAAAAGUUUUACACGAAUGUAUAAUCUGAAAACUCAUGAAAGGAUUCACAGGGGAAGAAACCUUUUACAUGUUUAGAAAGUGGAAAAAGUUUUUAUUGAAAUUGGGUAUCACAAAACACCAAAUAUUUACACACAAAUAAAUACACUUUAUAUAUACAGUGUACAAACCUCUUUACAAUUAUCCUAAAGAUGACAAACUCUCUAAAUAGAAACGUCAAAAAGGAUACUAUUGUAAAUAAUACUUUCUAAAUCACGGUUAUAAAAUCCCCAGAUUGGAAGUGCUCUCCGGCUGUCCUUUGUUCCUCUAUAUAUGUGUACCCCAGUUUCUCUCAUAUUAAUAUGAUAGAAUCCAAACACCACACAGGAAUAUACAGAUCUGUCCUCAUACUAACCAGUUUACACAACCAUUCACCCCCAAAGCACCCCCAGUGUUGUUUAUUAAUAUGCCAGUGUUAGGAGUUGUACGUUUGUUUUACAUAGGGGAGAAAACAAAUUACAUUUACAGAAUAAAGGAGUAUUUUAUGAAUAGAGUGUUAGAAAAUUAUAUAAACAAGAACAUCAGUCUCAAAUGAUUGACAUCUGGGAGAUAUAUUUAACGUGCACAUCAUGUGGAUAAACAUUUCCUUAUAGCAAUAGAUGCUUAGCAUUGUACUUGUUAUAUACCAGAGGAAUUAUUGAGAGGAAACUGAUUUUAUUUAAUGAGACACAAUAUCAGUACCCGGUGCAUACGUGAUCAUAAUCAGUUUAAUUUAAAUGGCUACUAUAACCUACAUGUAUACUGGGUAUGUAAUAUGUAUGUCAUGUUCUGUAGCUUGAUAUUAUGUCAGGUGUUUUCAUGUUAGUUAGAAGCCACAAGAACUGAUAAUAGCACAUACUGUAUAUAUAAAGGGAACAUUAUAUGUCUGAUAAAUCCCUUUGUAUCAAGAGCACAAGUGUUGGGUAUAUUUAUACCAUUGUGUGCAUAUAUCUUGUAAUGCUGUUUUUUACUAUAUAAUGAUAUGUAAUGGUUUUUUUUUCAUGCAAAUAAAAAGUGAUUGUAAUCCA